ACCUUCCUUUUCUCUCACUUCUGACACGUCUGCAGUCAUUCCAGUAUGGCCACAGCCUCCUCUCCCCUCACAGACCACCUCCGUUGUUCGAUCUGCACGGAGGUUUUCACUGAGCCUGUGUCUCUCAACUGCCAGCACACCUUCUGUAAGAGCUGCAUCCAACAAAGCCUGAAGACCCUCCAGCAAUGUCCGUUGUGCGGAUCUUGCCUAUUCAUAGACUCAACCUUUGAAAUCAACAAGCCUAAACCUAAACCUAGACUUAAACCUAAACCUGAAGGGGUGGAACAGUCUUCCGAUCAUGGUGAAUGGAGACAGAAAACCACAGCAGGACAAGACAUGUGUUCUAAACACAAUGAAAUGUUGCAAUUGUUCUGUGAUACCGACAAACGGUUCAUCUGUGUUGUAUGCAGAGACGGGAGAGCCCACGCAGGACACAAGUUCAAACCUGUGAAAGAGGCGCAAGAUGAUGUCAUGGAGAAACUAGUCUCUGACUUAAUCUACCUUCAAGAGGAUAUCAACAUGGUGGUCAGGUUCCUGGAGAGCGAGCGAGGCAUCACGGCGAACACGCGGGAGAGAAACGUCAGACUCAAAGCCGAGAUAAGCUCCCAGUUUGAGGAGCUCAGAGAGCAGCUGAGACUGAGAGAGGAGCAGGCCAUGAGGGAGAUAGAGGAUAUGAACAUGGACUUUGAGACUAAACUAACCGAGAUAGAGGAAGUGUUGGCAGAAGGCUGGGAGAGACAGGCCAUCUUAAAGUCAGCGAUGAACAUUGCUGAGCCCAGGGAGUUCGUCAUGUGGUGGACAGAAAAGGGUGAGGCCGAGGCGAGGCUGGUGAGGGAGGUUGGAAAACUGCAGGGACCUUUGAUGAGGAAAUGCCCCCCUCCCAGUCCACAGAAACCCUGGACAAUCCUGGGCCUAUCUGCUACACAGCCCAAACCAUCCGUCACACUCCCCAACUCAGUCAUGAUACAACGUGGCCCAGCCGGGACAGAGUUGCAGAGCCUGCUUGGCUUCCUGGACUCAGAGGGUCUGAAGAAAAGUCUUUCCAGAAGCAUUUCUCAACCCAAAUCCAACCAUUUAGUCUUUAAAAAGAGUAAAUCUAAAAAAGACAAGAGUAAAUUUCAUGUCAGUUUUUAGAUACUGAGUCAUGUCUCAAAGUGACUUUCCUCUUUACAAACGGAUUGUGCUCUUGUAAUCUGAUUACUUCCAUUGAUGUGAUUGAUUUGAAUGAAUAGUGUGUAUUAUUUUUUAAAGUUUUAUAGUAAUAGCUGUAUUGGUUUGAAUUGUGGCACUGAGAAACAAAUUAUUGUGUGCAUUUGGAAUGUGUAAAGAAGAUCAUAUAGAUUUUAGAUUAUAUUUAGAUGUAAUGUUUCUUUUUAGAUUUUAGCAUUAGUGAUUAAUCAAAUCAAAUCAAAGUUUAUUUGUCACGUGCGCCGAAUACAACAGGUGUUGUAUAUCACCUUAUAGUG